AUGAUCUUUGAAUCUAAAUAUCCUGAUAUAAAAAUUCCUCAAGUCGGAAUUUAUCAAUAUGUGACUAGUAAUCCAAACAAAAUUUCAGACGAUAAGGUUAUUUACGUGGACGGGAUUACUGAAAGAAGUUACACUUUUGGCGAAUUUAAGCAUGAGUCAAAAAGGUUUGCCGCAGGAUUGCAAGAUAAGUUAGGAUUUAAACGUGGGGAUACUUUAGCGAUAUUUUCACCUGAUCAGGUUGAUUAUCCUAUCGUACUCUUGGGAACGAUUGCGGCUGGAGGCAAAGUAGCGUUGGCUACUCCAAAAAGUGAUGUAACUGGAUUAUCUUAUCGAUUAACCGAAUCAGGUGCAUCGGUUCUAAUCGUGCAUCCAGAAAUUUUUGAAGUCGCUAUUGAAGCUUCAAUUAGUGCAAAAAUCCCCACCUCCAGAGUAUUGUUAUUUGGUGAUAAAGAAAUAAAGGGAUAUAAACCUUAUUGUUCUAUUUUAAUAAAUGAUCGUGAAAUUGAACCGAUUUAUUAUACUCCUGAAGAAGCAAAAUCAACGACUGCUUAUUUGCUUUACAGUUCUGGAACAACCGGAGCAGUAAAAGGUAUCGAACUCACACAUACAAAUGUAACUGCUAAUUUGGCUCAACAAAUCUGUACAGAUUGUAAAAUUGGAUCACACAGUAUAAUUAUGGGUGUUACACCAUUUAGUCACAGUUAUGCGUUAAUUGAUGUUCUUCAUGCGACCUUAAUUCACGGUGCUACUACAAUCAUUCAUUCGAACUUCAUUCUGAAACCGUUUUGCGAAUCAAUUCAAAAAUAUAAGAUUAAUCGUAUUUACGCUGUACCGCAGAUUAUACUUGAACUUAUCAAUGAUCCAUUGACUCAACAAUUUGAUUUAUCAAGCGUGGAUAUGAUUAUAAGUACAUCAGCCCCAUUAGGUGAUAAAUUGGAAAGAAAAUUUUAUGAAAUGUUUAAAAUACCAAAUUUGCAAACUUAUGGUCUGGCUGAAACGUCUCUGGCACUACAGCAUCUUGAUACAACGAAGAAUGCUGUUCCAGGUGCUGUAUCAUUAAAUGGUGCGCUUACUGUAAAUAAAGAGCAUAUUUCACGGUUUACUAAAGCAACUAUUUUAAUAGGUUCUUCUGGAGUUCUUCUUCCAAACAUGAAAGCUAAAAUAUUAUCAAGUGAUGGCUAUGAAUUGGGAUACAAUGAACUUGGAGAAUUGUGGGUUCAUGGUCCAAAUAUUUUUAAGGAUUAUCUUAAUAAUAAAGAAGCUACAGAUGCCGUCAUCGACAAAGACGGAUUUUUUAACACAGAAGAUAUUGCAUCUGAUCUUUAUGUGGUACCGUCUGAACUGGAAUCGAUUCUGCUCAUACAUGAUGCUGUAUCAGAUGCAGCAGUAAUAGGAUAUUAUUCUAAAGAAGAAGCGACCGAAAUUCUUAUGGCAUAUAUCACAAUUAAAAACGGAUAUGAGCAGUCUCAAGCUUUAGCAGAAGAAAUCCAAUCUUUUGUAGAUGAAAAGGUUGCACCGCAUAAAAAAUUAAGAGGUGGUAUAUUGUUUAUUGAUAGAAUUCCAAGAAAUGGGGGUAAAAUUCUAAGAAGGUUAUUAAAGGAGAAAUUAAAGAAUGAUAUUAAAGAUUGA